AUGGCGGACGCGGAAGAGAAUAGGAUCUUGAAUGAAAUUGGAAAACCGUCACUCGAUGGUUUGCCUGCGAGCAUCAAUGCACCGACAAUCGACAAUAAUAAUUUCGAGAUCAAGGCUGGCACCAUAUCGAUGUUGCAGAAUGCGGUGCAGUUUUAUGGCAAGGAUCACGAGGAUCCUAGUGUUCACAUCGCGGGGUUUCUAGAGGUUUGUGCCACAUUUAGGAUUCGUGAUGCAUCACCGGAUGCUAUCCGCCUUCGGCUCUUUCCGUUUUCUUUACGGGAUGGAGCCAAGGAGUGGCUUCUUUCACUUCCAGCUGGAUCUAUCACUACAUGGAAUCAAUUAGCUGAGAAGUUCCUUCAGAAAUAUUUCCCUCCAGAGAAAACUGUUCGGUUGAGAACCAAGAUUCUGAACUUUCGUCAGGACGAGGACGAGUCCCUUUACGAGGCAUGGGAGCGGUUUAAAGAGCUUAUGAGAAAGGUCCCACAUCACGGGUUGCCCAAGUGGCAACAGUGUCAGAUCUUCUACCAUGGUUUGGACAGUCAGGGACAGAUGAUGGUUGAUACCUACUCGGGCGGUGAUAUCGGCACGAAAAAUGCCACCGAGGCAUUUGAGAUUCUUGAGAAGUGUGCCGCGAAAAACCGGACGCAGCAGCCCCCGAGGGGAAAGAGUUCUCGGCAGGGAGUUCAUCAUGUGGACGACUACACAGCCAUGACAGCACGUAUGGAUGCCUUAUCUUCGAAAUUUGAUCGAGUGAUGGAAAUGCACUGGAGAGGUUCUUCGAGUGGGGGAGCAUAUCAGGUAGGUGAUUUUCCGACGGGAGAGAUGUCACACGAGCAUGUUGAUUUCAUGGGAAACCAAUACCGUCCUCAAAACAAUCCCUACAGCAAUACUUAUAAUCCGGGGUGGAAGAAUCAUCCAAACUUUAGUUGGAAGCCCGAUGCUUCUAACCAAUAUCCACCAGGAUUUGCUCCACGUCCCACAGCUCCGACCCAUGGAGCAUAUGGUCCACCUCGUCCUCAGCAGACGCCUCCUUCUAGUGAUCCUAGUGUGCAUGAUAUGCUUAGUCAAAUCUUAGCUGGUCAAAACACUCAAAAAGCGGAGAAUGAGAAGCGUUUUAGGGAGUAUGACGGUCGUUUCACGAGGCACGAGGGUGAGUUGAGAAGCCAAAAGGCUUCCAUGCAGGCCAUUGAGAACCAAGUUGGCCAGAUUGCCAAGAUGUUGUCUGAGAGACAACAGGGGGGGCCUUCCGAGCAACACAGAGCCAAAUCCAAAUGCUACUGCAAAGGCCAUCACAUUGAGAAGCGGCAAGACCGCUCAAACCAUUCCUCCGGCUGUUUCAGAAAAGCCAGUCGAUGA